AGAUAAGAACAACCAAUUCGAGAAAAGACUGGCAAUAUUCCAAGAGUCUGUAAACUUCAAAGAUACAUUAAGAGAGCAUCUGUAUCAUUAAUUCCGGCUUCCAUGGCGUCAUCCAACGCCGUUAAAAUACAGGAGGUGACCCAAGUAACUCCUCUCUCCCACUCAACCACUGAAUUUUCUCUUCCUCUAACAUUAUACGACACGUUUUGGUUUAAUUUCCCUCCUGUUGAACGCCUUUACUUUUAUCAAAUCACUGACUUAACCCCUCAUUUCUUCAACUCAUUUAUCCUCCCGGACCUUAAGCACUCUCUUUCUCUCACUCUCCUCCAGUAUCUCCCUCUUGCUGGUAAUCUAAUCUGGCCCACAGAUGCCCCGAAGCCAUACAUCUACUACUCCCCAAACGAUGGCGUUCCAGUCACUGUUGCUGAGUCUACCGCCGACUUCAAUUCGCUCACUGGUAACGGAGUUCAUGAGGCUGUGGAGUUCCAUCCUUUGAUCCCUCAGUUGGUGACAUCUGAUGACAAAGCAGCGAUGAUCGCUAUACAAAUAACUUUGUUUCCGAAUCAAGGGUUCUGCAUCGGCAUAACAAGUCACCAUGCCAUACUUGAUGGGAGAAGUUCAACCAUGUUUAUCAAGUCUUGGGCUUAUUUAUGCAAACAACUAGGUAAAGAUCUGGAAGAAGAGCCUUCUUUGUUACCGGAACUAAUCCCAUCUUUUGACCGAACUGUCAUCAAAGAUCCGACUGGUAUCGACAUGGAGUACGUGAACAACUGGUUCGCUUAUACCAACACACGAAGCUUGAAGGUUUUGCCAAACGUAGUGUCGAAUACCGAUUGGGUUCGAGCCACAUUUGAGUUGACCCGUGAGGCUAUUCAUAAAAUAAGGAAUCAGGUAUUGCUUAUAUUGAAUAAGGAUAACGGAAAGGAGGCCGAGAAACAACAACAUCAACUUCAUUUAUCAACUUUUGUGCUAACAUUAGCAUAUGUAUUCGUCUGCUUAGUUAAAGCCAGAGGAGGAGAGGAUAAUAGAGGUAUUAUAGUUGGAUUCACAGCAGAUUACAGGAGCCGUUUAGAUCCUCCAGUUCCAUUAUUGAAUUAUGUUGGCAACUGCGUUAUGCCACAUUUUCGCACUGCAUUAGCAAGAGAUUUCACAGAAGAAAACGGGGUUGCCUUUCUUGCAGAGAAGUUGAGCGAUCUGAUAAAAGAAAUAGAAAGGGGAGAACUUGAGGGAAGACAAGACACACUUUCAAGGAUGUUGACCUUGAUGAAAACUAUGUCUGAAGGAGUACAAUGUCUUGGAGUAUCCGGAUCGACCCAGUUUGACGUUUACGGGUCCGAUUUCAGGUGGGGGAGACCCAGGAAGGUAGAGAUUGUGUCCAUAGAUAGGAGUGGAGCUAUUGCUUUGGCCAAGAGUAGAGAUAAAAGCGGUGGUGUUGAGGUUGGUGUCGCUUUGAAGAAGCAAGAAAUGGAAGUUUUUUCUUCUCUAUUUGUUGAUGGGCUAAAAGAUUGACUGGUAGUCAACAUUUUUUUCAUUUAUUUUAUGAUAAUCAAAUCUAUAAUAUGUUUUGGAUUUUCAUUUUCCCUUUUAUUUAUGAUGGAUCUCCCCCAUUUGUCAUCUCUUUGGUGUACUCAUUAUAUAUUAUUCUAGCAAAUCAGUA